AUGAGUUAUGAUGACGAGACAACGACUGAGACGAAGCUGAAGUUGACGACCUCACCGUCGAGCUCUGCCGGCGUUCCAAAUUUCCCGCCGACCUUCGUCCUUCACAACUUCGACAGUCCUAACCAGGUGUUUGUCGGCAAACUCCUCACCGACUCCAACUACAACGAAUGGCUCGGUGACAUCACCGACUCCUUCAUCGCCAAGAAUAAACACGGGUUUGUUGACGGCUCGAUUCUCCAACCCGCUGCUGGAAGCCUUCGCGAUCAAUGGAAGAUUUGCGACGCGAUGGUGAAGGGCCGGCUGAAGUUGGCGAUGAGCAAAGAGAUCCGCUCCAGCAUCCGUUUCGCCAGCACCGCUAGCGAUAUUUGGCUGGACCUUGAGGCACGAUUCGGCCAGCCUAGUGCGCCUCAUCUAUACGAGCUUCGAGGAAAGAUUAGUACUCUCCAACAAGAAAAGUCAAGCGUCUCUAGUUUUUACACUAAGCUACAGGGGCUAUGGGAUGAAAUUCAAUCAACUCCCCCACUCGUGAUUGCAAUUGCGGCGGAUGUACUUGUGAUGUGA